ACGUCAACCGUAAACCGCUUCACGCUGGAGCGGAGUUUACAUUUCCAACGCAUUAUCCACAACUCUCCAGAAAAAAAAAACCGCAAUUGGAAUUCAGGAGUUACACUUUUAUUCCCCGGAUGAACCUGAUAAUGAUCAAGUUUUUGAAGAUCAUAAUAGGCACUGGCUUCAUUGUUGUUUUCAUCUUGGUUACGAUAGCGUCGAUCAGGACUCUGUCCCUGGACGUCAAUGCAGGACUUCAACUCGCACGCUGGGAAACGCCGAGUGAUAUUUCACUUGAUAUAGACCACCGUAAGCGAGAGGAGCUGCUAACUCUCUUUAAGGAGGCCAUUCGCAUCCCCACUGUGUCUUUUUCACCCACGGAGAGCAACACGACUGCACUUCUUCACUUCAACUCGUUUCUCCGAAGAGCCUUCCCGACACUUUUUACCUCAGGCUUAGUACACCAUGAACUGGUGGCCAACUACAGCCACCUGUUUUGGGUCCCAGGAUCGCAGCUUGACCUGGUGCCGUACCUGCUGUUGGCUCAUAUCGAUGUGGUGCCUGCUACAGAGUCAGAUGGCUGGGUGGCUCCGCCUUUUUCUGCCCAGGAGAUAGAUGGUUUCAUCUAUGGUCGAGGGACGAUAGAUGACAAGAGCUCUUUAAUGGGUAUUCUUCAGGCCCUGGAAUACUUACUGAUUAAAGGCUAUGCCCCACGUAGAGGAUUUUACCUUGGUCUCGGCCAUGAUGAAGAAGUCAGUGGUUACCAGGGAGCCUUGAACAUCGUACGACUGCUAAAACAGCGCAAUGUGCGACUGGCGUUUGUCCUGGACGAGGGUCUCGCUGUGCUCGAUGGAGUCAUCAGCGGUCUCGAUGGACCCGCUGCUUUAAUUGGUGUAAGUGAGAAGGGCCUUGCCACUGUAAAGCUGAGUGUGUCCACUCUUCCCGGCCACGCUUCAAUGCCUUCCAGGGAGAGCAGCAUUGGGAUCUUAGCUGCAGCAGUCAAAAGACUUGAGGACAACCCUAUGCCCAUGUUAUUUGGUCAUGGACCUGAACGUGAAACAUUUGAACACCUAGCUCAUAAGUUUGGGCUACCUUUGAAGUUCAUACUCUCAAAUUUGUGGCUGUUUUCUCCACUUGUUGGCAGGUUUCUUGAACAAAAACCAGACUCAAAUGCCUUUGUAAGGACUACUACUGCAGUCACAAUCUUUAAUGCAGGCGUAAAGUUAAAUGUUAUUCCUUCUCUUGCUGAAGCGUAUGUGAAUCUACGAAUCCACACAGCACAGUCAUUACAAGAGGUCAUGGACCUCAUCCAGUUUACAAUUGGGGACCACCGUGUAAAGAUUGAGCUCAUUGAGGGCUUCGAUCCUUUGCCAGUCAGUUCAUCCGAUGACAAAUCUUAUGGCUUCCAGAUCAUCAAGAAAACUGUGUUGGACAUGUUUCCAACAGUAUCAGUCGCUCCAGGUAUUUGUGUUGGUAACACAGACAGUCGACACUUCAAAGAUUUGACCAAAGAUAUUUACAGAUUUGCCCCUUUGUGGUUUAAACCAGGGGAUGCAAAGAGGUUUCAUGGCAUAAAUGAAAGGAUUUCCAGAAAGAACUACGAGGACCUUGUUUUGUUCUACUCCAGACUGAUCCAAAACUGUGACAUUCGGAAACUCCCUGAGCCUCACACCUCUGUCCAUGAACUCUAAACAAAUGGAAGAAACAAAAUCAUAUCCUUUCACUGAAAACCAAAUUGCACACAUGUACAACCCCAAUUCCAAUGAAGUUGGGACAUUGUGUUAAACAUAAAUAAAAACAGAAUACAACGAUUUGCAAAUCAUGUUCGACCUAUAUUUAAUUGAAUAAACUACAAAGACAAGAUAUUUAAUGUUCAAACUGAUCAACUUUAUUGUUUUUAGCAAAUAAUCUUGGAAUUUUAUGGCUGCAACACGUUCCAAAAAAGCUGGGACAGGUGGCAAAAAAGACUGAGAAAGUUGAGGAAUGCUCAUCAAACACCUGUUUGGAACAUCUCACCGGUGAACAGGCUAAUUGCUUCGCCCGUCACUCACUCUUGUUGUUUCCAUGGUGAAAUUGUCUCGCUGAAUGUUAACUUUCCAUCUCCUUUGUAGUACUGGGUCACUGUUAAACAUGUUAAAAUAAAAAGCAGAGUUGAACGGCUGAACAUAACGGGUGGCACAUUGCAUUGUUGACUGGGCGAGCUUUCCCUUCGUCUCUCAAAAGUAAAACCAUCCAUCCAUUUUCUUACCGCUUAUCUUCACUAGGGUCUUAAACUGAGACACUCGACUUUCUUUGUAGAGCAAAGAGUUUCCUCCCACAUCCCAAAAACGUGCAUGGUAGGUUGGUUGAAGACUCUAAAUUGCCCUUAGGUGUGAAUGUGUGUGCGAAUGGUUGUUUGUUUAUAUGUGCCCUGCGAUUGGCUGGCGACCAGUUCAGGGUGUACCCCGCCUCUCGCCCGAAGAUAGCUGGGAUACGCUCCAGCACGCCCGCGACCCUUGUGAGGAUAAAGCGGUACGGAAAAUAGAUGGAUGGACUGUUCCUGGAAAAGAGGUGGUGAAGACUUGCUUGAGGUUGCAGCUUCUUGUAACAGCACUGUCGUACAUUUGGAUAGCAGUAUAGUGUGAGAUCCACCACCAUAAAAAGCCAGCUACCUUGGGCAUCUCGGACUGCUUCAGUGAGGUAAGAGGAAAACUACAUAAUAAUCGAUAACUACGAGGGAUAGACCAAUUAUUCGCUUGGCUGUUUAUCGGCGCCGA